AUGUCUUUCAACACAUCAGAGUCGGGUGCCGCCCGCAGCAGCGCAGCUGCAGCAGCAGCAGCACCAGCAGCAGCAGCAGCAGCAGAAGGCCGACGGGGGGGUCGAGCCAGAGGGAGAGGGGGGCCCCACAGCAGCAGCAAUGGGGGCCCCCGGGGGCCCCCCUUCUCUGCUGGUAGGGGCCGUGGGGGGGGCCCCUACAGACACCGCCCAAGGCAUCAGCAGCAGCAGCAAUACUACCAGCCGCUGCAGCAGCAGCAGCAGCAGCAGCAGCAGCAGGGAGGAUGUGGUGGUGUGGUGACGGUAGAUGCAUGCAAGGUGUUUGUAUCUGCUGCAGUAGCAGCAGGAGCAACAACCCUAGGCCCUCACCCCCCUCCCCCACCGCAGCAGCAGCAGCAGCAGCAGCAGCAGCAGCAGCAGCAGCAGGACUAUGGUUUUGAGCGUGUAGAGAGGUUCGUUGAGGCGCUGCUGCAGCUGCGCUGCUGGCAGCAGAGCUGCCUAGACACCUGGAUGCAUGCGUAUGUUUUUGCUGCUGAUCUGCAGCAGCAGCAGCAACAAAUGAUGAUUGCUGCUGCUGCUGCACAAGAAGAAGAAGCAAAGAAUGCUGCUGCUGCUGCUGCUGCAGCAGCAGCAGCAACCGACCGCAGCAGCAGAACAGGCACCACUCUAGCCACCAGACAGCAGCAGCAACCGACCGCAGCAGCAGAACAGGCACCACUCUAG